GUUCGUCCACAUCGUGGUUGACCUCUUCACAGUGAAGAUAUUCUCGUGUGUCUAGUGUCGAAAGGGGAAUAUCAAAAUAUUCAAAAAUACGUGGACCCCUCAGGCAUUCCCCCAAAGUUCCCGCAAAUUCGAGAGAAUAAUUUCCAAAAAUUCCUCAUUUUUAGGACCACCGGAGUGCCUCGAGCGAAAUAAUCUAUUCGAAUGAUUUUUAUCUUCAAAAUUUCAUCGAUGAAAUUCGUUUUUUAAACUCGCGAGUGGAGAACAAACAGAGGACCUUGGAGAAAGUGCUAUAGGGGACGCAUUGCGAGGCUUUUGGCUUUGGCACGAAUAAGAUACUGGCGUCGAGCCCGUAAAAAUGGUCGAGGCACUGCUCGAGUCGGGUGGACAAGAUGUGGCCGUUGCUGAGCACGAGUCACGGGCGGGUACACCCACAGAAUAUUCACCCCACAUAUCGCCAAUAUCGGAUAUCAAUCUCACACCGAUACAGGAGUUCUACACUGGGUCAAGUAUUUUCAUAACCGGCGGCACUGGUUUCCUCGGAAAAUUGAUCAUCGAAAAGCUGUUGAGGAGCUGUCCAAAUAUUUCGGUUAUUUAUCUUUUGGUGCGUCCGAAGAAGGGGAAGGACACACACGAGAGAACUGAGGCACUCUUUGAUGAUGUAGUAUUCCAGAGGUUGAAGGAGGAAUACCCCAAGUUUCGUCACAAAAUCGUGGCCAUCGAGGGUGACUGCGCCCUCCCAAAUCUCGGAAUUUCCGAUACAGAUAGACAGAUUCUUACCCGGGAGGUCUCCAUCGUAUUCCACGUAGCAGCAACCCUCAGUUUCGAUGAGAAAAUCAAUCUUGCAGUGUCUAUUAACAUCGAGAGCCUCCGGGAGAUGAUACAGAUGGCGAAACAAAUGUCCAAACUGAAGUCUUUCGUACAUGUUUCAACCGCCUACGCAUACUGCACGCACACCAAAAUCGAUGAGAAAUUCUACACUCCCCCGAUGGACCCCGAUAAACUGAUAACAUUGAUGAAGUGUGUAGACGACAAUCUUGCUCAGGAGAUCACCCCCCAGUUGCUGGGAAAAUGGCCCAAUACCUAUGCUUACACAAAGGCAGUGGCUGAGAAUGUAGUACAAAGAGAGGCUGAGAGUAUGCCCAUUGGAAUUUUCCGACCUGCCAUCGUUAUUUCUACGUACAAGGAGCCCAUCAGAGGAUGGAUAGACAACAUGUACGGCCCCACAGGAGUAGCAGCAGGUGCUGGCACUGGCCUCCUCCGGUCCCUCCACUGUGACGGCUCAAUACAUGCGAAUGUUGUACCUGGAGACAUGGUUGUCAAUGCUCUACUUGCCAGUGCCUGGGAUAUCGCCGAAAUAUACAGAAACCGACCAGAAAUCCCUGUAUACAAUUACGUAUCCCAGGACAAUCCGAUAACCUACGAUGAGCUCAAGGUAAUGUCAGCGAAACACGGAAUUAAAUACCCCACGGUGAGAGCAAUAUGGUACUACAGUUUCCGUAACAACAAGCACAGAAUCAUCCACUUGUUCUUCAUUUACUUCUUCCAUCUUCUCCCCGCAUUACUGAUUGAUGCUGCUACAGUAUGCAUGGGAAAGCGACCCAGGCUAUUAAAAAUCUACAAAAAAAUUCACAAAUUCAUGGACGUACUGAACUAUUUCUCAACGAAGCAGUGGAGCUUCGGAAACGAUCGGGUGAAUGCAUUAGUUGAGAAGUUGGAUCGGAGAGACAAGGAGCUGUACUUUUGCGACAUGAAGAAGCUCGUUUGGGACGAAUACUUCCAGACGUAUCUCCAGGGAAUUCGAGUUUACCUGAUCAAAGAUCCGCUGGAUACUCUGCCAGAGGCUAGGGUUAAAUGGCAGAGGAUGUACUGGAUUCAUCAGGCGUGUAAGCUUGUCCUAGGGUAUUUGAUCUUGCGAUCGUUAUGGGGAAUUUUAUUCAUGAUGAUGGCAUUUGUGGGUAACUCGAAAUUCAUGGAAACCUGUGAAGGAGAUGGCCUAGGUAAUGCACGAAGCUCCACUAAAUAUACCUCUCUAACUAGAUAUUUUAUAACAAUUCAGAGGAAAUUGAUUUCUUCCACUAUUCGAAAGAAUGAGGAGGCAUUGCAUGAAAAAUAUGUUACGCGAGUGGAAGAUGUCAGUUCUUUUUUGUGCAAUUUUUAUGGAAAUGUCGGGCCAUUAUUUGAAGAUUCCGGUGCUGCGAUCAACACAUGGCAGCAUUUCGCAAUCUCAUUUAAUGAUGUGGCCGAAAAAAAGAAUUCCCCGAAGUUCUUAAACAAAGAUCAUUUGGAAAGUGCCUCAACCACUAGCAGAGGGAUUUUAAAAAUUCAUGAGGACAUGGUGCAGCCUCACUCUUUUGAAAGGCGACUGGACGAGUAUUCAUCACUUCCGGCUCCAUUACUAUUGAGACGCAAAAGAGCAUUUAGUAAUUGUGAGGAGUAUAGGACCCCUGAAUAUCACUUUCUCCUCGAGGCGUUGGACCUUGUCGAGAAUGUUUCGUACACUGUUGACAUUUUUAUACCCAAAUUUCCGAUAAACGCGAGGAAUUUCGUCACUGAAAAUUCAAAUUUUCGGAGAAAUUUUUACGACAGCGAUAAAUUUCAGUCCAAUUAUUACGUGAAACUGAGUAAACAUGAGGCUAAUGUCUUUGACAAUUAUCAGCUACAAUGUCGAGUCCUGAACUUUGUUUACUGCUUCAUUUAUGUGGAUCGAAAUAAUGAAUCUCAUCAUCAUUACCUAGACGGAAAAUUUUCCAACGACAUACCAGCCUGGAUAGCGUACCUCAGAAUGACCGAGGGAGAGCCAAAGGGAAGGGGAUACACACCUUCUGUUGGUCAGUAUUCUGGUCACCUUCACUCGGCUAGCAGGAUUGAUAGUGACAAGAUGACUAUCAUCGAUAAUGGGAGUGCAACCGCACCGGGAACUCCGAUCCAACAGUUCUACGCUGGUCAAGGUGUUUUCAUCACAGGUGGAACCGGAUUCCUCGGGAAGAUCCUGAUCGAAAAGCUGCUCAGAUCGUGCCCAAAUAUCUCGUCGAUUUAUUUGCUGGUGAGAUCGAAGAAAGGCCAGAAUGUCAUGCAGCGAAUGGACAGUCUGUUUGAGGAUCCUAUCUUCCAACGGUUAAAAACAGAGGUGCCAAAAUUUCGUCACAAAGUAACAGCAGUCACCGGUGACUGUGCCCUACCAGGUCUCGGAUUAUCUUCUGCCGAUCGAGAAUUACUUCUUCAUGAAAUCACAGUUGUAUUCAACGUCGCUGCGACCGUGCGAUUCGAUGAAAAGAUGAAGGACGCUGUCACCAUAAAUAUCAGAGGACCAAAGGAGCUGCUCAGCCUGUGCCGGAACAUGGCGAACCUCAAAGCCGUCAUCCACGUCUCCACUGCCUACAGCAACUGCGUCAGAGACGACAUUGACGAGAAGUUCUACAGUCCAACGAUCUCCGCCGACUGCAUCAUGGAGCUAGUGAGUAGGGUUGAUGAGGGCAAACUCGAAGAGAUGACGCCAAAGUUGUUGGGAAAUUACCCCAACAGUUAUGCAUUCACAAAACAAAUUGCGGAACAAGCAGUCCACCAGUAUGGAAAGGACUUACCCGUUGGAAUAUUUCGUCCGGCAAUUGUGGUUUCCACUUACAAAGAGCCCGUCGAAGGAUGGAUAGACAAUGUCUACGGCCCCACCGGAGCACUGGUGGGGGUGGGGGCAGGUCUGAUAAGAACCCUUCACAUUGAUAGAAAUUGCACAGCUGAAUUAGUCCCAGUUGAUUAUACCGUCAAUGCUCUGAUCGCUAGUGCUUGGGAUGUUGCGAACAACAAGAACGAAGCUGCCGAUCCACCGAUCUACAAUUAUCACUCGUCAUGGAACAACAGGGUGACUUGGGGGGAUUACAAUGACGUCGCCUUGAAGCAUGGAAAGAAAAUACCAAGUGUCAAGAGUAUUUGGUGCUACACCCUCACAGUAGCCAGCAAUCCAUUCAUGUAUUACAUAUACAGUAUGCUGCUUCAUGUGCUACCGGCGCUUCUGGUGGAUUUGGGGCUUUUUCUAAUCGGCCAACAGCCCAGGGCGAUAAAAAUUUAUAAAAAAAUCCACAAAUUCUCAGCAGUCACCACCUACUUCAGCACCCGAAUGUGGAAGUUCUCGAAUGAUAACACGAGAGGUUUGUGGGAGAAUUUAACUCCUGAAGACAAGAAGCUGUUUCACUUCUCAAUGAUGGAUUUCGAUUGGAAUGAUUUCCUCCACAAGUGUGUCGUUGGUCUCCGGCUUUACACGUUUAAAGACGAUCCCAGUACAAUUCCAGUUGCGAGGAAGCGCAUGGCAAAAUUCCUCAUCCUGCACAAAGCGAUAAAGUACGGGUUCUUCGGGCUCAUCUGCUGGCUGAUGUACAGCUUCCUGGCGUUGGUCUUCGCCCGGGGCUCGACGAGUUCCUUCUCAACAAUUGCAGAAAGUAUUACGAUACGAUGAAUUCAAAUAAAUAAUUUACGCCUCAUCGCCUGCUCAUCAGAAUGUAAUAAAGAAUUCUCAUCACAUCACCCAUGGCUGCUCGUAUCGAGUGGGAACCAUAAUAAAUAUCCAUAUAUUAUCCUGUAUAUUUCUACUGUUAUGAACAAAGUGCCUAGUUAAAUGCGGAAGGUGGACCAAUUUUGGAUUGUAAAAUAGAAUAAGAACUCCAGUGAAUUUAUGUGUCAUUAAGUAUUGAAGGAAUUAAGCUCUUGAAUAAAAUAUCUAUUUCUACGAUAUAAUAUAAUAAUCAGAGAUGUGGGAAUAAUGAGUGAAACUCAAUCCUAGUAAUUCCGAAUUUUUCCGUCAAUUAAAAAUUGAAAUAAAUAAUUUCCACCGGCACCCGAAACCAGGUCUUAGGAGCCAUCGUCUUUCUAGUUGACCGAAAUAGUCGCAUAGUCAGACAACUAUUGGAAUCUGAAUUACCGACGAUGAAUCCUUCCUUGUUGACUGUUGCACUCAGUUGUUAA